AUGGGAUAUAAUCUCAAACCUGGAAAAUACAAGCUCGCUAAGGGAUAUGAUUUAAUAGCAUAUCAUCCAAAUGACAUGGAUGAAUUUACUCCGAGAUAUUUGGUGUCAGAGCUAAAUGACAAUUCAACUCUCUUCAUGAAACGCGUAAAAAAUAGAGACGGAACGAAAGAAGAAAGGUUUAUGAGUCCGGAUGACUUAGAUAGGGAACUUGUUAAAAAACGGUCUCGGAAAUAUGAAAUGCCAGCAGAUGAGGUACAAGAAACUCCACAGGAAGAAGUUCAGAUACAACCAGACAUGGAAGAAAUAGUUCAGCAACAACAGCUAGAAGAGCCUGAAGGAAACGAACAAGUCCCUCCUUUGGAAACUAACUUCACAGAACUAGAUGAAGAUUUGGAACAGCCGAAAAAUCUUGACCCUCAACAAGAGUAUGAGGUGAAUAUGGAAUCUUUCCAAGAGUCUAAAAAAAUUCGGCUGACAUAG